GGGACGCUUUGUACCCGCCCCUUGACUUCCUCCUGUCGGUUACGCGGGACAGUCAGUCCCAGUGGCGGCGACCUUGGCGGCAGCGAUGAUGGCUUCUCGCAGUCUUCGCAACCUGCUGAUGAGGCGACUCACAGUACCCAUCCAACAGGGCCUCAACGUUGACCUUCGCCCCAUGAGCUCUGCUGCACAAGAGCAGGCCUCCAGAGAAGCCCCCUGCAAAGCCUCGGACCACAGCUAUGAGUCCCUUCUGGUGACAGCUGCCCAGAAGCACAUUCUCCAUGUGCAGCUAAACCGACCAGACAAGAGGAAUGCCAUGAACAAGGCCUUCUGGAGAGAGAUGGUGGAAUGCUUCAACAAGAUAGCUCAAGACUCCGACUGCCGGGCGGUUGUGAUCUCUGGUGCAGGAAAGAUGUUCACUUCAGGUAUUGACCUCAUGGACGUGGCUUCAAACCUGCUGCAGCCGGAAGGGGACGAUGUGGCCCGCAUCAGCUGGUACCUGCGUGACCUCAUCAGCAGAUACCAGGAAACCUUCAGUGUCAUCGAGAAGUGUCCCAAGCCGGUGAUCGCGGCCGUCCACGGGGGCUGCAUCGGAGCAGGUGUGGACCUCAUCACCGCCUGCGACAUUCGCUACUGUGCCCAGGACGCAGUCUUCCAGGUGAAGGAGGUGGACGUGGGCUUGGCUGCCGAUGUGGGGACACUGCAGCGGCUGCCCAAGAUCAUCGGGAACCAGAGCCUGGUCAACGAACUGGCCUUCACCGCCCGCAGGAUGAUGGCGGACGAGGCCCUGAGCAGUGGGCUGGUCAGCCGCGUGUUCCCGGACAAGGAGCUCCUGCUGGACGCAACCUUUGCCCUGGCGGCCGAGAUUGCCAGCAAGAGCCCGGUGGCCGUGCAGAGCACGAAGAUCAACCUGCUGUACUCGCGGGACCGUCCCGUGUCCGAGGGCCUCAACUACAUGGCGACCUGGAACAUGAGCAUGCUGCAGACCCAGGACAUCAUCAAGGCCGUCCAGGCCAUGAUGGAGAAGAAGGACGCCAAGAGCGUCACCUUCUCCAAGCUCUGAGCCCUCACGUCCCGGCCUGGAGUCCCCUGGGGUCCGGCCUCCCCCGAGUGGUGCCUGCUUCCUUAUGUGCAGAGGGGGCUGUGGAGCGCGUCCUGCUGACCUCAGCCUGACUUCCUGACACCGAUUUCAAGUCGGGACUUUAUCUUUGUUCAAUAAAGCGUUAUCAAGAA